ACAAUAAAUAUGUAAAAUUUAAAUGGUAAACAUAAUCAUUCAUUAAAUAUAUAUUUGUAAAAUAAAAUUAUGGUUAUAAAAUAUUUGAAAUUUUUUUGGAGAUAGAACGACAACUCUGCAUUUGUUUACGAAAACAAAGAAAUGAGCAAAAAGCUAAAAAUGAACCUUCAACAGUCCUCUCCAAAUAGACAAAAUAAAAAAAGAUAUAUAUGUAGAUAUGUAGAAAUGUGUGUGUGUAUAUACAAAAGAAAUGGUAAUAAACGAAGAAGGAAAUUGAAAAAUAAAACUAAAUAAAAGAACUACAUACAUAUAAACAUGUUGUACGUACAUUGGGGUGUCGCCGAAACAAGAUAGAGAAUCGAGGAACUAAAAGAACAAAAAGAAAAAAAAAACUAAAAAAGAAAUACGAUUUCAGAUCACAAAUUUUCACACUCCUUGUCUGCUUUAAAUUAAAUGCACUCUUACAAUUUAAGGGGCUUUUUAUUAUUUUAAAAUUAAAUAAAAACAACAAAAAAAAUAUAAAGUUUUAAAUAAUUAUAAGGAGGAAAAAAAUAAAACAAAAAGUUAUUGCUAAUAAUAAAAAAUAAUAAAAUUGUAUGUACGUUAAAAUGAUUGUGUUUGUGUUGUAAAUGUGACGACGAGUGUUUGUUUGAAAAUUUUUAAAAAUAAAAGAAUAAAUUAUGGAAUUAUAUUUAAUUAACAACACGAAGAAAUAAAUUCUAAAUUACGUUGAUAACUUAAGUGAGAUUAACUAUUAUAAAAUAAGAGUUAAACUGCAACGAUAUCAACAGAAGAAGCAAUUGCUAUAAUAGAAAACAAGGAAAAGAACAAGUAGUAGAAGAAGGAAAACACUACAAAUAUUAUUAAGCAGACCUUAAUCAACAAAGAAAGCUCAGUUAAAAACACACACACACUCAUAGAACAAAAGUCCAAGAACAAAAUGGAUGAAAACGAACAAGAGUUAAAAAGUCCCAUGAAACGAGUUGGAUCCACCCGUAAGGUGUUUCUAUUCAAUAAUAUACGACAACAAUUAAACGAACAUUUAAGGUGCUUAGAUGCCCGUGUCGAAUCACAAGUCUCCCUCAUACAGGAGCUGCAAGAUCUCUUUCGUCGAAGGGGUGAAUUAGAACUAGAAUAUAGUAAGAAUUUGGAUAAACUAGUGCGUAGCCUACAGGCCAGACACAAGGAACAAAAACAGAAACGUGAACAGUGGCAUAUAUUCUCGGCAUUUGCCUGUUGGUCGCAUCUACUUGAACAGACGCAGUCAUUAAGCAAAGAUCAUGCCACCCUAUCAGAAUUAUAUUCCGUAAAUAUUGUUUCAUCACUACAGACAACCAUUGAAGAUGUGCAGAGGAUAUAUAAGAAAUGUCGAUCCAUUGGCUAUGACAUACAUGAAGAGAUAUUACGAGUACUGGAAGAGUUAUAUGCCACCAUGAAAACUUAUCAGAAAUAUGAAGCAGAAUGGAAAGCAGCCGAAGUAAAACUUAUGACUGCUGAAUCCCAACAACAAAAAUUAGAACACUCUAUACAGAAAGAAAAACUACGUAGUAGUAAGAAAUACCGUAUGAUCGAAAAAGAGGUGCUGAAGCGUCGCACCAAAUACUCGGAUGCACGCAUGAAGGCACUUAAGGCUAAAAAUGAGUAUCAACUGUGUUUGGAAUCGUCCAAUACAACCAUACAUAAGUAUUUUAUUGAUGAUUUAAGUGAUUUAAUUGACUGCAUGGAUUUGGGCUUCAGUUCUAUGAUCUCCAGAUGCCUGGUAAUGCAUGUUACGGCUGAUCAAGGCAGAGCUAGGGCCAUACUAAGUCAAGCAGACAAUCUAGCUCAUGUCAUUCACCUCAUUGAUAGUCAACAGGAUAAACAAAAGUUUAUGGAACAGUAUCAUGCCGCUUUUAUGAUACCCAAACGUUUUGAAUUUCAAGGUCAGUUUAGUAAUGAUCUGCUCGAACAAAGCGUCCAAAAGGAGCUUUAUGUGGACAUGGAACAUCGUUUGCAGUUAAUAGGGCAGCGGUUAAAUUCAUUGCGCACCGAAUCGGAGGAGAUCUGGAAGACACUAGAGAUGGCUGAAGUUAAGUUGUUAGAACAUUUCAACAGCAAGGACUGUGAUGUAAGCCCCGCUUUUACGGAGCAUAAUAAAAGCCUUUUGCAAAAGGGCGGUGCCACAAUGGCGUUUAAUCCCAAACUCAAGGCUGAAAAAGAAGAAGUCGAAGACUUUUAUAUUAAUAAGAUACGAGAAUAUAUACGAGGCACAUCGCGCAUAGCGCGCCUCGACGCAAAAGCCAAGUAUUUAAGAGAAAUGCUGUUGACGGACAAUAAUAAGGCGUUCACCACCGAAAUACUAGAACAUCCCAUAAACAGCAAACGCAAACGAAUAGGUCGAAAGAAUCAGUCAGGAAGACCGAAAUUAUUCGGUGGUUCCUUGGAGGAAUACCUCGAAUGUACUGGUGAAGACAUACCAUUGAUCAUUCGCAGUUGUAUACGUGUCAUAAACCUAUAUGGGUUGCAUCAUCAAGGCAUCUUUCGAGUGUCCGGAUCGCAAGUAGAAAUAGCCAACUUCAAAGAGUCCUUCGAAAGAGGAGAAGACCCUUUGGCCGAUACCACCGACGCAUCUGACAUAAAUUCCGUUGCCGGAGUUUUAAAAUUAUAUUUAAGGGAAUUGAGAGUUCCCCUGUUUCCCAAAUUCUACUUUGAGAGUUUCAUUUCGAUAGCUGAGAUGCAAACCAAAGGCGAUAUGGUCAAAGGCAUACGACAAUUUCUACAAAAUCUUCCCAAUUCAGUGGUCAUAGUCAUACGCUAUAUCUUUGCUUUUCUCAAUCAUCUGUCCGAGUAUGCCGAUGAGAACAUGAUGGACGCCUAUAAUCUAGCCAUAUGCUUUGGUCCCACACUUAUGCCAGCUCCCGAGGAUAAAGAUCAAGUUCAGUAUCAGAACCAAGUAAAUGAACUCAUAAAGAAUAUGAUUAUCUACCACGAAGAACUGUUCUCCAAGGAACUGGGUGGUCUGGAAUACGAAAAGUAUAUAUCGCCUCACACACUCGAUAUGGAUGUUGGUGAUUCGCCGUCAGAGGUCCUUACAGAAGAUCCCGAAUCGGAUGCUUAUCCAUCAGAAGAUGAGUCCGAGGUGCUGGAAGCCAUGGCACAGUUUGAUUUCAAUGCUCGUUCCAGUCGUGAGCUGUCGCUGACCAAGGGUGAUUGUAUAAUUUUAAGAAAACAAGUAUCAAACGAUUGGUGGCAGGGUUCGGUUAAUGGUAGAGAGGGUUUAGUACCCGACAAAUACAUAUCGCUUAAGCUCAAAGAUGAAGUACGUCUACCCGCACAAAAUUCCCAAUCUAUGGAACAUUUGUACUUAGAGAAUUCUUGCUCUUCAUCAACUUCAAUGUUAGUAGACAAUAAAGAUAUCGCAAAGUAUGUUGUUAAUGAUGUUUAUUUUAACAAUACCAAUAAUUCCGCCACUUCACAUGCCAAUGUCGUUGCCAAUGCCAAUGCCGCAUCCUGUUCUUCCAUCUCCCACACAAAUAAUAUGACAUCAAAUGCAUCAACAUCUAAAUCAACAGGUGGUGGUAGUAGUUGUAGUAGUAGUCUUGCCGGCAGUGUUGGUGGCGGUGGCAAUGGCAGCGUCUCUGGCGGUUAUGGUGGUGGUGGUAAUAAUGGUAUAGGUUCUGCAACAACAACAGCAACACAUCAUGCUAUUGGUGGUGGUGGUGUUAGUAUUGUUGGUGUUUGUGGUAAUAAUACUUCUACAGGUGGUGAUUCUUCCUCUACUUCUUGCGUAGACGGUGCUUACUCUAUUCUAACAAAUGAUGGCCCUUUACAUCGUACGUCCUCUACAACUCCCCCUCCUCCCCCACUUCUGCACCAUUCUGCUGCAACAGCAGCAUCAGCUACUGCACAACAUAUCUCAUCGACUUCAUCAGCAUCAAUAAAUGCUCUAGCAGCAGCUACUAAUCACUCAUUAAUUAAAUUUAUCAAGAACAAAAACAAACAAUACCACGAUGAGCCGCAUUCCUUUGAGAAUGCUAUUGAAUUUCAAAAUGCCUACGAUGAACAGAUAGAAAAAUUUGAGACGACCGUAUAGAAGUGGAGGAAUCUAAAUGCACAAAGAUCACAAAACGCACACAUAAAAAACUAUAAACGUAAAAAAAGUAUCGAAAAGUAAGCAAUUGAACUAUAAACACACUCUUAAUAACAUAAUAAUAUUAACGGAAGUAAAUUAAAGAAUUCAUUAACAAGUGCUAUACUUACUAUUUACAUAUACAAUACUUAAUAACUACUCUAAACAUAAAUACUCGUA